CGAGCGAGGGAAGGGGCGCGGGGAAGGGCGGCAGGCAGCGGCGCGGGGGAGGAGGUCCGUGUUUCGGCGGAGCCGCGAGCGCCGGCCGGCCCUGAAGUGGAGCGAGAGGGCGGUGCUCCGCGCUGCUCCCGCCGCGGGCGGUCCCGGCGUCCCGCGGAGCCUCGGACCAGCCCCGGAGCGGCGCGCCCGGGAUCGAUGCGCGGCUGCUAGCCCGCGCGCGGCGUCGGCGGAAGAUGGUGCUGCUGAGAGUGUUGAUUCCGCUCCUGUCCUGGGCGGCGGGGCUGGGAGGUCAGUAUGGAAAUCCAUUAAAUAAAUACAUUAGACACUAUGAAGGAUUAUCUUAUGAUGUGGAUUCAUUACACCAAAAACACCAGCGUGCCAAAAGAGCAGUUUCACACGAGGACCAGUUCUUACGUCUAGAUUUCCAUGCGCAUGGAAGACAUUUCAACCUGCGAAUGAAGAGGGACACUUCCCUUUUCAGUGAUGAAUUUAAAGUAGAGACAUCAAAUAAAGUACUUGAUUAUGAUACCUCUCAUAUUUACACUGGGCAUAUUUAUGGUGAAGAAGGAACUUUUAGCCAUGGAUCUGUUAUUGAUGGAAGAUUCGAAGGAUUCAUUCAGACUCGAGGUGGCACAUUUUAUGUUGAACCAGCAGAAAGAUAUAUUAAAGACCGAGCUCUUCCAUUCCACUCUGUCAUUUAUCAUGAAGAUGAUAUUAACUACCCCCAUAAGUAUGGCCCGCAGGGGGGCUGUGCAGAUCACUCAGUGUUUGAAAGGAUGAGGAGGUACCAGAUGACCGGGGUGCAGGAGGCCACACAGACACCUCAAGAAGAAAAUGCUGUUAACGGCCCUGAACUCCUAAGGAAAAAACGCACAACUUCAGCUGAAAAAAAUACUUGUCAACUUUAUAUUCAGACUGACCAUCUGUUUUUUAAAUACUAUGGAACACGAGAAGCUGUGAUUGCCCAGAUAUCCAGUCAUGUUAAAGCGAUUGAUACAAUUUACCAGACCACAGACUUCUCUGGAAUCCGUAACAUCAGUUUUAUGGUGAAACGCAUAAGAAUCAACACAACUGCUGAUGAGAAGGAUCCUACAAAUCCCUUUCGUUUCCCAAACAUUGGUGUGGAGAAGUUUCUGGAAUUGAAUUCUGAACAGAAUCAUGAUGACUACUGUUUGGCCUAUGUCUUCACAGACCGAGACUUUGAUGACGGAGUUCUUGGUCUGGCUUGGGUUGGAGCACCUUCAGGAAGCUCUGGAGGAAUCUGUGAAAAAAGUAAGCUCUAUUCAGAUGGCAAGAGGAAGUCCUUAAAUACUGGAAUCAUCACUGUUCAGAACUAUGGGUCUCACGUACCUCCCAAAGUCUCUCAUAUUACUUUUGCUCAUGAAGUGGGACAUAACUUUGGAUCUCCACAUGAUUCUGGGACAGAGUGCACUCCAGGAGAAUCUAAGAAUUUAGGCCAAAAAGAAAACGGCAAUUACAUCAUGUAUGCAAGAGCAACAUCUGGGGACAAACUGAACAACAACAAAUUCUCUCUCUGUAGUAUUAGAAAUAUAAGUCAAGUGCUUGAGAAGAAAAGGAACAACUGCUUUGUUGAAUCUGGCCAACCUAUUUGCGGCAAUGGAAUGGUGGAAGAGGGGGAGGAGUGUGACUGUGGCUAUAGUGACCAGUGUAAAGAUGAGUGCUGCUACGACGCCAACCAGCCAGAGGGGAAGAAGUGCAAGCUGAGACCUGGAAAACAGUGCAGUCCCAGCCAGGGGCCAUGCUGUACGGCGCAGUGUGCAUUCAAGGCCAAAACCGAGAAGUGUCGGGAUGACUCUGACUGCGCGAAGGAAGGAAUAUGCAACGGCGUCACAGCGCUCUGCCCAGCGUCCGACCCCAAGCCCAACUUCACAGACUGUAACAGGAACACACAAGUGUGCAUUAAUGGGCAAUGCGCAGGUUCUAUAUGUGAGAAAUACGGCUUGGAGGAGUGUACUUGUGCCAGCUCUGAUGGCAAAGAUGAUAAGGAACUGUGCCAUGUCUGCUGCAUGAAGAAGAUGGAGCCAUUGACUUGUGCCAGCACCGGGUCGCUGCAGUGGAGCAAGCACUUCAUUGGCCGAACGAUCACCCUGCAGCCUGGAUCCCCUUGCAAUGAUUUCAGAGGCUAUUGUGAUGUUUUCAUGCGGUGCAGAUUAGUAGAUGCUGAUGGUCCUCUUGCAAGACUUAAAAAAGCAAUUUUCAGUCCAGAGCUCUAUGAAAACAUUGCUGAAUGGAUUGUGGUGAACUGGUGGGCAGUGUUGCUCAUGGGGAUCGCCCUCAUCAUGCUGAUGGCUGGCUUCAUCAAGAUAUGCAGCGUGCACACUCCGAGCAGUAACCCAAAGUUGCCUCCUCCCAAGCCUCUCCCAGGCACUUUGAAGAGGAGGCGGCCGCCACAGCCCGUGCAGCAGCCGCAGCGGCAGCGACCCCGAGAGAGUUACCAGAUGGGGCACAUGAGACGCUGAGCACAGCAGCUCCUGCCUUGGUUCUUCCUAGUGCCUACAGUGGGAAACUUCACUCCAAAGAGAACCCUUCAGUCAGCACCCCCACCAGCCCUCACGACGCCCGGCGGAGACAGAUGGCAAGAGAUCAUGUCCUCACGCCAGGUGCAAUCACCUAAAAUAUAAAGCCUGCAGAUUCCAAUUUGGGGGUGGUGGGUGGGAAAGGAACCCAAUUUUCUUAUGGACAGAUAUUUUUAACCUAAUGGCACAAAGUCUUAGGAUAUUAUUAUGUGCCCCGUGUCCCCUGUUCUUCGUUGCUGCAUUUUCUUCACUUGCAGGCAAACUUGGCUCUCGAGAAACUUUGAUCACAAAUCAAAAUAUAAAUCUCUAUUUUUUUCAACUGCCAAUCAAGGCUUGGAGGUGCGGCCGCCUCAGCAUCGGAGACAUCACUUGCCAAUGUACAUACCUUGUUAUAUGCAGACAUGUAUUUCUUACAGACACUGUACUUCUGUGUGCAAUUGUAAACAGAAAUUGCAAUAUGGAUGUUUCUUUGUAUUAUAAAAUUUUUCCGCUCUUAAAUGAAAAAUUACUGUUUAAUUGACAUACUCAGGAUAACAGAGAAUGGUGGUAUUCAGUGGUCCAGGAUUCUAAAAUGCUUUACACAGGCAGUUUGGAAACAAGAAUCAACGUUCCUUUUCCCUAAGAUGGAGUUGGUUCUGAUACUCAUUUUGUCUUUAUCCCGUGGCUGCUAAGAGCACAGGAGUGACGCGCUGAAGGACACGCAGAUACUACUUCAGAGUUCACUCUUACGUCGGUGUCUGGGUUCUUCCUUCCUUUAGACUUUCUAAUUCAAUUCCAGUUUUGAAUUGAUAGGUGAUUCAUGCUUUGGUAGAAAUGAUGUCAUUGAAGCGAUUCUUUUUCUGUGUAGCCACUUGUUCGUGUUCCCCGUAUAUCUGAAGUAUGCUAAUUAUGUUUUCCUUCUGUCUGACAUGGGAAAAAGCUGUGUCCUUUUUUUUUUAUGAAAAUGUUUGAAUAGUUUUUUUUUUCAGCAUAUCGUCACUGAUCAUUUGUAACCACUAAAGAAGAGUGAUUCGCUCAACUAGUAGUAACAUAGGUAGGCCUUCUGAUACUUUUCCCCUAGAAUAUUUUAACAACAAUGAAGGUGGUAAAACAGCACAGUGUCCCAUUCCAGAUUUAUUUUUUAAACAGAUGUAAAUAAUUGGCAUUUUAAAGAAAGAAAGCAAAUGCAUUUAAUGUAUUAAUAGGCUUAUUGCUAUGCAGGAAUGGAAUGGGGCAUUACAGAAACAUUUUUAAGCUUAUGAUGUAUUUAUUGCUCUGUUUUCCAACGACAUCACUUAAGUUAGAAGUAAAAGGCUAUGAUUUUCCUGGCCUCACAUAGGAGGCAGCUUAGGGAAAGCGAUUAGAUUUGUGUUUUGACUUUUUUUUUCCUUUUUUUUUUUUUCUUAAGAGUAUAAGGUUUACACAAUCAUUCUCAUAAUGUGACGCAAGCCAGCAAGGCCAAAAAUGCUAGAGAAAAUAAUGGAUCUCUUCCUUGUAAACUUGUACAGUAUGUGGUGACUUUUUCAAAAUACAGCUUUUUGUACAUGAUUUAGAGAUAAAUUUUGUACAUGAAACCCCAGAUAGACUAUAAAUCUAAACAAACAAGUAGGUAGAUAUGUAUGUAAUUGCUUUUAAAUCAUUUAAAUGCCUUUGAUUUUGGACUGUGCAAAGGGUUGGAAGUGGGUUUGCCUUCUAAAAUGGUGACUUUUAUUCUGCAAGGGUUCUUAGUAACUUCUUGAGUGUGGUAGACUUUGAACCAUGUACAUUUUUUGCUUGUAAUGUUAUCCUGUGGUAGGGUCUUGGCAGUCGCGCACUGCCCUCUUUUAUUUUGACUCUAGGUUAAAUGUUUUCCGAGAAGAGAUACAUGCACUGAACUCUUUCCACUGCAAAUCAAGAUGUGGUUAAAUGAAAGGAUCAAGACAAAUGAGAUCUAAUACUACUGUCAGUUUAAUGUCCACUGUGUUUUAUACAGUAUCUUUUUUGUUCACUUUGAAAAUUUUUACUAAAAACUGCAAAAAAUAAAGUAUUGUGCAAAGAUGUAAGGUUUUUUGAAACUUGAAAUGCAUUAAUAAAUAGACUUGAUGAAAUCAA